AUGGCCACCACGAGCCAUCCCCACACUCCACCCAGGGAGCCGAAGACGAAGAGGGACGCCGCCCUGGACAACUUCGGGCUAGGCUCGGACGACGAGGACACCUCUCGCCUCAAACUCCCCGAACGCAGCGACAUCGGCAUCUGGACCAAAGGACAGGAGGAUGACGAGCCGGGUAGCACAUGCAGGGGCGGUAAGCGGCAAAAACUGCCGUGGGCCAAGAGGCUCAAGAAGGCCAUAACCUACGACACGGACAUAAAAAUCGAUCUCGGAGGCCACCUCUCCGACCUGGUGCAGGGUGUUGCGAUCGAAUACGACCACCGGAAGAUAGGUCAGGAGCUGAACGAGCUCGGGGCCGAGUAUGCGGAGGGAAAGAGUGGUCAUCCCCUGGAGGAGAGAUCCCUGUUCACGCUCACGGGCAAGGCGGGCAAGGCAGGGCUCACGACGGAGCAUCGUCUCUCGAUUGCUGCAGCGAGAUCGAAGCCGGAGUUGGGACGGUUCAUCGCCGACAUCGAACGCUCUGCACCCGCGGGCCUUAAGAACGAGACGGUACAGGUCCGUAUGAUGCCCAGAUCUACGGGUGUUGGCAUGACCGCCCACAGAGAUGGCAUCGCUCUGAGCUACGACAGAGUGGUCUUCACGAUCCACACGGAGUAUACCGCAGCCCCCGCACAAUUCUUCUGCAAGCUCAUGUCGACAGCAGACGCCAGGCCGGAUCGGGGCCCAUACGAAAAGGAACAGCGAAACAUCCAAAAAGUCAACGGUCUUGUACUGGUCCAGGGUCCGAAGGCUCGGGGUGAAGAAACACGAGUCGUUCACGGCGUCACAGGCGGGGGCGGAGGGGCGAUCACGGCCAUACUGGACUAUGCGACGUCUAGAAUCGAUGAGAGUCCUGUGACAGAGGCGGACCGCGACCAUGCUCGGAAAUCGGUGGUGACGUCACUCGCUCGCGAUCCAGACCCGCCUCGACCUGUUGCCAACACCUACGCGAACACCUGUGAAUUCCCGGCGGACGCCCCGCGUUCAUCUGGUUCGCGCAGGGGGACGGAAGCCAACAAUGCCAUGGUACCGAACGGAAGGGGGGGAUUGGAGAAGAGGGCGGUGCAAAAAGGCGCGGCCGGAACGCUCUACGGCCGCGAAAAGGGGGGCGACGGCAGAUCGCUCUCUUCGGAACAAGGAGCUUCUAUUCGCCCCGCCGACACCUCGGCGCAGUGGACGGAACACGCUGUCGAAGAACCCCUCAGGGCAGAGCCAGCAACGUGCUCCAACUGUGAAGAGCCCAGAGAGCUUUCGUGGUUCUUCUACGGUGGAGGGACGCGCAGAGUGGUGGUACUGGACCACAAGGUUGGCCUACACAGAUGCAACAAGUACGCCAUCAAACCCCGUGGCGUGUUCAAGCCUACCGACGAGAAGGUGAAAACGAUCACCAAGGAUGGCAUCCGCAAGGCAGUCAGGAGGGAGGCGAAGCGGGGGGCCAAAAAGGCGUCGGGGGGCAACUAGUUCAGGGGGGUGGCAGGUGUUGCCCUGUCGACAGUUGAGACAGAUGGGUCGCGCGUUUUGAUCGCCGGUAGCCUGCGAGAGUUGGUCACGACGAUGUGUCCACACUUUGGUGGCGUGUUAUAUACGGGGGCUGGCCACAUCCUUCCUGGGUAGACGGGAGACCAUUCAGUUUUUUCUGUUCCCUCGGGCGAUUGAAACGACGCGGUUUGCCACCGGGCAACACCACCUUUUUUGGCGUACUUGUAUAUUGGAUGUUGGCGGUGUGAAGUGUGGAUUUAGCAAGGAAAAUGGUCGGCAGCGCGUGUUGCCGUAGAACCAUCCGCCCCGUCAUUUCUGCUCCGGAGGUGUGGCAGAGAGAGAUUUUUUUUCGUUUUCCAUCAUCCUUUGCUCCGUUGCAUAUAUAGUUUUAGUCAGCAGAUCCGGCGUUCAUAUGUCCUCACUCGGAUGUGGUUUUGAAGGUGGCUUUACCAUCACCACCCGUUUGAAGGUGGGUGUUAGGAGGUCACACGCGAUUGAUUACAGGUUUUAGGAGGUCACACGCGAGAGCAUUAUUAUUAUAGCCUUGGGCGGUGUGUUUUAUCGGGUGCCGUGUGUUCCUCAUUAUGUUUUGUUCCAGAAGAGCACGAUUUUGACAAUUCGAUGCGAAAGAUGUUGUGUCACAGACUCUCACAGAAGCAGCAUUUGUUGCUACGAAACAAUGAAACCGCGAUCAAGGUACGAGUAGAGAACAGGUGUUUCUCCCGGGGCGGUAGUCGUAGUCAAUAAUAGGACGUGUUUGAACAUUUUGUUUCGUACACGAGACAUAGGUGGUGGCGGUGGGAAGCUUUGUUGAACACCUGCGUGAAAAUCUUGUGUGACAAUCGAAAUUUAGUUGAACAUUGUGUGAAACUUUGUGUGUGCGUGUGUUUUUAU